AUGUCAUCAUCUCCUUUUCCUUCGUGCUUCCGGCCAACCCCCACCACCGAAGCCCACCCUCCACCGCCGCCACCACCACCGCCGCACUCUACAAUCUCCAACCUCACAAUCUACCACACCGACACAGGUCCCGUGUCCCUCACGUGGUCACGCUCCGUGGUGGGUCGCUCCCUCCACAUUCAACUCCACCACCAACCUCUGGAUUCCAUCUCCUUCCACCUUCAUAUACGACCCUUCCUCUUCUGGAAAAAGCACGGUGUGAAGAAACUCGCACCCGACACCAUCCUCUUCUGGAACCUUUCCAAGGCCAAAUUCGGGUCCAACCCAGAACCCAUUUCGGGUUUCUACGUUGCCCUCGUGGUUAACAGCCACAUGAGCCUCCUCCUUGGCGACGCUGCAAGAGACGCAUAUUCGAAGUCCCGGGCCCACCACCCCGCCACGCCGCAGCUCCUCCUCCUGAAGAAAGAACAUGUCUUCGCCGACCGCGUCUACUCCACGCGCGCCACAUUCGGCGGCCGGGCCCGUGAGAUUCAGAUCGAUUGCGGCUUCAGAGACCACUCCAAACUCUCCUUCAGCGUGGACGGGGAGAAGGUGCUGCAGAUUAAGCGCCUCAAGUGGAAGUUUCGGGGCAAUGAGCGCGUCGUAGUCGACGGCGUGCACGUGCAAAUCUCGUGGGACCUCUACAACUGGCUCUUUGACAAGAACAACGCCGACGCGCACGCCAUUUUCAUGUUCAAGUUCGAGGACGAGGAGGAGGAAGCAGUCGCCGAUAGAAACUUGGCGGGGCUGUGGAAUUUGGGGGUUUGUGAAUGGGGCAAGACUUGGUCUUCUUCGUCGGUUUCUUCUUCUGGUGGAUCCUUCGGUGGAAGCUCCUCCGUUUUGGAAUGGUCCAGUGUGGAGGAGAAUGAAUUGGUAGUUCCCGUUGGAUUUUCUUUGCUCGUUUACGCUUGGAAACGCUGA